GCAAAGAAGAAAACAUGAACCCCUGGACUCUCUCUCUCCUUCUGUUAGUGACCGUUUGCUGUUCCAUCCUGGUAGAAGUUACUUCUGGUCUGGAAAAUGAUGACGCUGAAAAGAACGCCGACUUCCUCAGAGACAACAAAGCCAUCAGGGAAUACAUAAAGAACGCAGAUAAUAAAGCGAAGGCAGUUGAAGACAUUCGCGAGAAGCUGCUCGCUGCUGGGAUGAAGGCACGAUCUAGGAGGUUCAUGAAAAGAGCGCGGACUCGUUUUGAGAAGCGCCGUGAAAACCGCAAGGAGCACCAUGGAAGAAAGGAUCUGCCCAGGCGCCGUGGGGAGUACGACAGAGGCUAUGGUGGCCGCCGGGGAGGCUACGGUAGAGGCUGAUACGCGACUAUCACUGACGUGUACGUGAACAUCAUGGCUGGGGACCGAGCCUAACACUGCAAUUAUGUCUGUAAUACCCAUUGCAACUUACAUCGAAGUUCUUCCACCAUUUUCCCCAAAGUAAACUCUAUAUGAUUCCGCCAUUCGAAGGACAUGUCGUGUCUAAAAAAGAAUAAGUACAAAAAUUCCGCAUGUUCUAGUAUUGGUGCCUCUUGUACCUCUGUGACUUUUCGAAACACAUUUUGUCUUCCAAACAUUUGAGAUACAAAACUAUCACUCCGAGUGUUGCCUU